AUCUUCCAUAAUCCAAUAUUCACAUACUUAAGUAAUUACAGAGAGAGAGAGAGAGAGAGAGAGAUAUGCCGACAUAAACAGUGGCGGUGGGGAUUGAGCAGCUAGCUAGCUCUACAACAGAGUCGGUCGAAUUGGUGUCAUGCACUUUUCAUGUAUAAAUAUAGACACCAGUCCCUAUUCAUCAGGUCACGUGAAUUGCAUAUCUCAACCGAAAUUGAAAUCCAAUCAAAUAGUUGUAGGAUUCAAAUGGCUGGGAUUCAAUGGUCUCUUCUCUCCAUUUGUCUCCUUCUCUUCACUCCAGGUGUGUUUUCAGCCACAUUCACAAUAACCAACCAGUGUAGCUACCCGGUAUGGCCAGGCCUACUAUCCGGCGCUGGAACACCUCAGCUCCCCACCACCGGCUUCGCCCUCAACUCCGGUGCCUCCACCACCAUCCCUAUCCCCACCUCUUGGUCCGGCCGCGUAUGGGGCCGCACCCUCUGCUCCACCGACCCCACCACCGGCAAAUUCACCUGCCUCACAGCUGAUUGCGGCUCCGGCACCAUCGAAUGCAACGGCGCCGGUUCCGUCCCUCCCGCGACCCUCGCCGAGUUCACGCUCAACGGCGCCAACGGCCUCGACUUCUAUGACGUGAGCCUCGUCGACGGAUUCAAUCUGCCCAUGCUUGUGGUCCCACAGGGCGGGACCGGGGGCGGGAACUGCACCGCCACCGGGUGCGUGGUGGACCUCAACGGCUCGUGCCCGGUUGCGCUGCGGGUGAUUGGCGCCACGUACGGGAGCGAGUGCGUGGCGUGCAGGAGCGCGUGUGAGACGUUUGGGGACCCGAUGUAUUGCUGUACCGGGGCUUACGCGACGCCCAAUACGUGCCAGCCGACUUCUUAUUCGCAGUUCUUCAAGAACGCGUGCCCGCGGGCGUAUAGUUUUGCGUACGAUGACGGGACCAGUACAUUCACGUGUGCAUCUGCGAAUUACGUCAUCACUUUUUGUCCAACUCCGGCUGUAAGCCAGAAGUCAUCAGGAGGGCAAAGUGAAAUUCCGGAGGCAACAAACAUCUCCAGCAGCAGUCCGGAGGCAACAAUCAUCUUCAACAGCAGCAAUUCGAGAUGCUCUACGACUCCAUUUCUCUUCAUCACCACCUUCAUCGCCGCUUUAUCGGUUAUUUGGCAGUCGAGGCAUCUGAACUGAUCGUCUCUGUCACAGUCUCUUCACUUUGUUCGUUGUAUUUGUUACUCCUUCUGCCCGCGAUUGUUAGUGAGGGAUUUCAAAUGGCCCGAAUAGUGAAAUUUUGUUCUUAUAGAACAAUUGUUGCCAGCGGCCUGCAUUCGAGCCUGGACGGUUUCUACGUAGAAAACGGAAUAGAGAGAAUAGACUGUGAUAAGUCGUAGCUGGCGUAGGGAAAUUAUAGUAUUAGAUUAGUUUUAUUUUUUUAGUUAUUUUAGUAGUAGGAAAAUGAGGUGCGUGAAGAAUAGUUGAUUAUUUCGGGAUUUUAUUAUUGGGUUUUUAUAUUGUUAAGGUUAAGGUCUACUGGUGCAAACUAUAUAAGAUGAAGUUUUGGUUUGGUUGGGUU